GAACAGUACAAUCGGCUGAACCUGCCUUGAACAUUUAAUCCUUUGACUGCUGGAACUUCUGUGAAGCGUACUGUGGUAAACAGAUGUGUAAGCACAGGCUUAAGUAAUUUUUAUGUUUGAUCUUCUGAUACUCGUUGCUAUAUGUGUUGAGAAACCUCGCUGUGCAGAUGAGAGCUCUUUGUACUUCGUACUCGUAAGAGCUGGAGGAAGACGGGUGAGAAGACAACAACUGAACAAAGUGUCCCAAAUGGAAAUUAUUGCAGCAAGGUUAAAGGCUAUUGAAGAGAUCAAGGUGUUUUGUAAGCAGUGUGAUGAAAUCACUGACAGUGUUUGCCAAGCAUUAUCAUGGGAAAAAGUCAAGCUGAAGACUGAGAGCAGUGACCUGGUAAGCUGUCAGUAUGAUCAGGGACAUCGUGUUCCCAGAGACUCACUGUUUAAGCAUGAGGAGCAAUGCUAUCUGAGGAGACACAAUCUUACCCAGGAGGAUAUUGAUGAGUUGGCACCCAGUUCUCAGUUCUACUAUUCAAAAUCAGACAAUGUCUUCUCUACAGUCCUAGAUAAGGAAACCCAAAAUUCCAUACUGCGUCAGCUUAAUCCUGGAUUAGCUACAGAGAAGGAAGUACCGAUCACACCACAACAGGCAACAUUGGAACUGACACCAGCUGAGAGAUCGGCUGUUCAUCAAUAUGUGAUCAAAGCUGCUAAAGAGGCUGGAAAGCCAGUGUCAGAACUUUCGGAUGCCCUGUUGUUUGCAGAUUUAACCAGGAAGGAAGACAGCAAAGACAGUGAACCCAAGUCUAAAGCUGAAGCCCUCGCUCUACAGCGGGAUCUGAAGCGGAGGCGACAGUCAUACCGCGCCAAGAAUGUACAUAUCACCAAAAAGUCCUACACAGAGGUGAUUCGUGAAGUGAUUGAGAACCAAACCGACAUGCUGAGACAAACCGCUCAAGCAUCAGACUCCUUGUCAGAAUCAUUGCAUGGAGAAGAACCUACAUCAAGCUCUCCCACCACCAGACAUUCCAGCUCAGGGUCACAUAUUAGGUCAAGGUCACGUAGAAGGUCUAGGUCAAGGAGUCGGAGGAGAUCUGAGUCAAGGUCACAGAAGCGGUCAGACUCACGAAAGAGAUUCAGAUCUAGGUCCAGGUCACAACAGAGGUCAAGGUCAUCCUCAAGAUCAAGGAGGUCUCCUUUCAGAUCAGGCCAAUCAGACAGAGGGACCGACGACAGCCCAGAGCGACAUAAAACAGGGUCUCGUCAUCACAAGAAGAAACACAAAAAACACAAAUCACAUAAAUCAUAGUGUGUCCAGAUUUGUAACAGUUAAGCACCAAUACGUGUUUAUCUUUGUGUAUACCUUGACAGUGAGAAAUUAAAAUUAAGAUUUG